AUGAGGGAGAUAACGGCCGUGGUGUAUGCCACAACUGUGGAAGCAUCCCAGGCCAAUGGACGAGCAAACAGACGAGCACGACUGAAUCGCUCUCAAGCUUCGAUUCCAAAGUCUCAAUCAUCAGGCUCAAGCACAGCCGUCCGUGAUAGCACUAUCAGUGACGGUCCAGCCAUUGAACCCCUGGUGUCUCUCGACGUCGCCGAGGGUGAUUUGUUGCCGUGGCUUGAUUUUGAUCUAGAUGGCAUUGAUCAGUUUGACUUGUCUGUAACGCCGUCGCUUCCCCAAGCAGAAGGUCAAUUUGCACAAUCUGGUGACGUUGUCCCACUGGCAUCUUCACAGAGCCAUUCUCAAUACAGGACAAGAUCCGUCGUGGGCUGCGCAUUGAGAAGUCCAACGCACUUGCUGAACGCGAAAUCGAAUGCAACUAUCCUUGAUGACCAUCUGUCUCAGAUAUACGAAACGAUCACUCUUGGAGCGGGCUCGGUUUUCUUGGACUACAAUUGCAAUAUGUAUACAGGCCGAUAUCGAUACGAGUUGGAAGAGAAUAUUCCUUGCUCGGACGCGAAGUAUUCUGCUUCUGUGUUGGAUUUCCUCAACAACGGCCUCCCGGACUUGGAGUUGCAUUCGAAAGGCCCGGAACUUGCCUCGACGCCCUGUAGAGGCACGUCUUUAUUACAAAUACAAACGCCGCUCACCACUUUCGCCUCGCAACGACUACCCCUGGUCAGCACGACAAGGAGGAUGAGAGUGAUGGGUGCUUUCCGCUUUCUUGAUCAUUUCAGUGAUUUGUGGGGCGUUCCCCUCAGCUCAGCAGAUCAAAAGAAGUCUGAUGAAGUCCUCAAAGCAGUUUUAAGGGCAUUUUCAUUCCAAUGGUUGUCGAGCUCUGACACUAAAGUGGCUUUUGGUGCCUUAUUUUCUACGCCAGCCGGAAGAAUGCAGCAAGAGCCUGGAGACUUUGUUGAUGCAUGGCAUAACGCUCGAUCACUGAUCAACGACUCCAGAUCAAUCUACUCUUUCCGGGUGGUGUACGCCGCACUUCUCUUUGAUACUAUCGAUGUGCCACAAGAGAUAAGGGGCUCUCCCGACAAUAAUGGCUUCGAAAAUGAAUUCCUUGAUUCUGGUCUAGACAAAUUGUUAGCUCUGGAGGCCCCUCUUCGUAGGUAUUGUACCACCUUAGGGCCUUUCUCGGAAUACUCGGGGCUUCUCGAAGCAAGCCUGAACAUUGCUCUCUGGUUUGGAUAUCUUCGAGAUACAGUGGCGAGCCUAUUGACACGGCGCUCCUGCAGGAUGCUAGAUAUUCCCAGGCAACGAAAAUUCUCCUUGUCCCAGACGGAUAUCUUCAAUGUGGAAGGUGGCAUCCCUGAUAUGUGCCGCGAAGCACUUGCGAACGCCACCUAUGUAUGGAGACAGAUUGGUCGAUUCCAGAACGAGGUGUCAAAUAGCAUCGACGCGAUACCCUCCAUUUCGUCGGUAUUCGCAGCUAUCGAGGGCUACGAAGCAACAUACCACAUCCUUCUGGAUUUUCCUUUGGAAAGUAUAGCGCAUCUACCUGUUGGAUCAACCAAAUUCUGGAGUGUGUAUAAGUUCACGGUUGGACUGAUGUUCUUUUGGUACCUCGGAGUCCUCGUUGUCACUCACACCGUACAAUCUGUGACAGCCAACAACGAAUCCAUGGACCAACAAUUUGGCUGUAAACUCCGGCAUUAUCAACUGAAAGCGAUCUCAGCACUUACGCGAACGGUAGAAUGCGUGAGCACCUUACCAACUCCCGGAUCCUGGAAGCCAGAUAGUGGCUUGAGUGCAGACAUCCCAAUCACUGCUUGUCAUAUCAGCCCCGGCAUGGCAUAG